AUGUUCAAAGAUCAAUCAGGAAGGAACGUAGAGGCCUACGUGGAUGAUAUAAUUGUAAAGAGCCUUACGGAGGAGACACACGCCCAAGACCUAGAAGAGACCUUCUCAGUCUUAAACAAAUUCAGAAUGAAGCUCAACCCAGCCAAGUGCGCCUUUGGAGUCAGAGCAGGUAAAUUCCUAGGAUACCUGAUCAGCCAACGGGGAAUAGAGGCUAACCCUGAAAAGAUCCAAGCUAUAGCAAACAUGAAGGCUCCGCAAAACAUCAGAGAAGUGCAAAAGUUGAACGGCCGUGUCACAGCACUGGGACGCUUCAUCUCUUCAUCGGCUAAAAAAUGUUUACCAUUUUUUAAGCAACUAAGGAAUAUGAAAAAAUUCACUUGGAAUGAAGAAUGCCAGAAAGCAUUUGAAAAUCUGAAGUCUUUCCUGACUCAACCACCACUACUGAGCAGACCCAUCACGGGAGAGACGCUAUACCUAUACCUCUCAGUAGGGAAAGAGACAAUCGCAUCCGUCCUAGUCCGAGAAGAAGGGGAAGAACAACAACCUAUCUACUAUGUAAGCAGGACGCUUAAAGGCGCAGAGCUCAACUACCCAACCAUUGCCAAGUUGGCGUUAGCGGUAGUGGUUACGACGAAGAAGCUCAAACCAUACUUCCAAGGGCACACAGUCAUUGUCCGGACAAACCAACCUUUACGCAAAGCUCUCCAUCUCCCGGAAACAUCUGGGAGGCUAGUAAGCUGGUCGGUACAGCUGGGAGAACACGAUAUCAGGUACGAACUAAGAAAGACGCUGAAGGCACAAGCACUGGCAGAUUUUGUCGCAGAAAUGACUGAGAAACCACCUGACGCAGUCGCAGAGGACAUAACCUGGAACCUGUUCGUGGACGGAGCUUCCAGUGAACAGGGGGCUGGAGCAGGAAUAGUGUUACUUGGACCUCAGAAGGUAGUCAUAGAGCAUGCAGUACAUCUGAAGUUUAGAGCUACGAACAAUGUGGCAGCAGAAUAUGAGGCCUUUCUAACAGGGCUCACAUUAGCGAGAGAAGUAAAAGCAGAAAAGCUGAGGAUCCACAGUGACUCCCAGCUGGUCACAAGUCAGAUCUUGGGCCAAUUCCAGACGAAAGACGCAAACAUGGCAAAAUACAUGGAAAGAGCAAAGGCGGUGCUAAAGGAAAUAGAAAGGAAUGGCGGGCAAUGGGAGAUAAUCCCAAUACCCAGAGAAAGAAACACACGGGCAGACGCCCUGGCAAAGGCAGCUGCGGCAAAAAGUCCUAUGUAUCUCUCACUCUACAUGAAGGAGGAGAGGGUAAGUCCCAUGAUAGACGAGAAAGAAAUUUUGCCGAUCACAGAGAUGGAUUCUUGGAUGCAACCCAUAGUUGCAUACCUGAAUGACGGAAUAGUCCCAGAAGGGAGAGAAGAAGCAGCCAAAUUGGUGCGAAUAUCGUCCGUCUACUCCAUGAUAGAAGGUACAUUGUACCGGACCUCGGUCACACACCCAUGGUCCAAAUGCAUUUCGGUGGAAGAGGGAGCCUAUGUACUGAAGGAGAUCCAUGAAGGAGAAUGUGGAGCACAUGAGGGAGCAGCCUCUCUGAGAAGGAAAGCACUACUCAUGGGGUACUAUUGGCCAACUAUGAAGAAAGACGCAGAAACAAUGGUGAAAAAAUGCGACAAGUGUCAAAGAUUUGGCACAAUCAUAAGAACUCCAGCAGCCCACCAAUCAGCAAUUGGAAGUCCAUGGCCUUUCAUGACAUGGGGAGUGGACAUACUGGGACCAUUCACCCCAGCUAGAGGACAAGUCAAAUUUAUUGUGGUUGCGGUAGAUCAUUUCACCAAGUGGAUGGAAGUGCAACCAAUGAGCACCAUAACGUCCCAGAAGAUCAUCAACUGGCUUUCAAACGAAGUCAUAAGCAGAAUACUAAUACGUAACAAGUUUGAGACACCACAUACCCUAGUCACAGACAACGGGAAACAGUUCGAUUGCGCAAAGUUCAGGGAAUACUGCGCCGAGUUAGGGAUCAACUUGAAAUUUACUUCCGUAGCCCAUCCGCAGACCAACGGACUCACAGAAGUAACCAACCGCACUAUGCUAUCCGGAAUCAAGAAGAGACUCGGAGAUUUGAAAGGGAGAUGGAUAGACGAGCUAUACCAUGUCAUAUGGGCUUAUAGAACAACUCCCAGAAGGGCCACAGGAGAAACACCUUUCCGACUCACUUACGGAACAAAGCUUGUCCUCCCUGUAGAAAUGGGAAUGCCCACACUAAGGGUACAAGUCAUAGACGAAGAGCGCAAUGAAGAAGCAUUGAAGCUGUGCUUGGAUCUACUAGAUGAGAGAAGGCACCAAGCAGCCAUACGCGCAGAAGCUUAUCGCAGACAAAUGACUAGGUAUCAUAAUGCCAGAGUCAAAGAACGAAGCCUGUCAGAAGGAGACUUAGUCCUUCGAAAAGCAGAGAUAGGGAAAGGAGCGGCAGGAGUAGGAAAACUCAAGCCCAACUGGGACGGUCCUUACCGAGUCACAGAAGUCGUAGGAAAAGGAGCAUAUAGAAUAGCUCAGUUAGAAGGCACGCCACUGCCUAGAACCUGGAAUAUCGAGAAUUUGAAGAAAUAUUUCCAGUGA